CACCCACACGUCUCUUCUCGGUCGCCGCACGCAAGACCGCAUCGGAUGAGCCCAUUCGCCCCCCUGAUUUGGACACCUCCGCUUUCGUGCGCGUCCUCGUCGCCUAACUCGCUGCAAUAAGCCGCUCUUCUCUGCUCUUCCCUUUUCUCCCCCAAUUCGCCGCACUCGGACGACGACAUCUCUCUCUCUCUCUCUCUCGCUCUCUCUUGUUCUUCCCUCUCUUCUCCCAUGAUCGCGAACCCUAAUACCGAGAAGAUCAUUUCCCCGUCCUUGUGUUGAUACACGGCAAUAUAUGGCUUUGGUUCCUCCAAGAAUCGCAUCGAACCCUCGUCUUUGAUGGAUCCCGCCCCUGCAACCGCCUCGAAGACCCACGAGGUCCGCCUGGCGCCGCUCUUCAUCGACCUCAACGAGGCCCCUCCGCCGCCCUGCGACACCCCUCCGGCCGACCCCCCUUCCCAUGGCUUCUCACUCGAUUCCCGCGCCCUCGCUUGCCGCUUCCACGCUUCCCUUGCACCCGCCCCCGGACCUGCCGCCGACUUCCCUGGCGAGGCUGGGGUCGGGAAACUUCCCCUCCCCUGCGGGGUCUGUGGCCGCCCCGAGACCCGCGGUGGGACGGUGGUCUGCGACGGCUGCGAGCGGGGGUUCCACGUUGGCUGUGUGAGGAACAGGCUGCGGUAUCCGGCUGCGGCGGUUGACGACUGGCUCUGCCAUGAGUGCAGUGCGAGCGGGAGGCCCACCAAGCGGUGGACACUCGGUGCCGCCAGGUUGCUUGAUAUCAAUGCACUGCCGCCAAGCGAGGGAGAUGUUGAAGAGCUACAGAGUAGCGGAAAUGUUGGAUGCAGAGUGAACAAUGUUGAUGUAGCUAAUGUUAGUGGAUCUGGUCAACCAUUUCCACAACAUGUGGGUCAGAUAAGAAAUGACUGUGACUCGGCAAAGGAUACAGGAAGCGUGGAUGAUUUUUCAAGAAUUACCGAAGAUGGAAAGAGGUUUGGAUCAGGGAAUGAUGUUGCUCACUAUCUUGGCAUCAAGUCAAGCUACACUUAUGUUGACAUUGGUGAAAAAAGUGAUGUUUCUGGAGUAGUGCAAAGGUCUUUGCCUCCUCGCCGAAGGAAAAGAGAUCUUUCAAGAACAUGGACUGCAACUAGUUCAUCAGAGAACCAAGAGAGUGUGAGGGUUAACUGUAGCGGGGAGCCUUCUUCCGAUAACGAGGUUAUGGAAUCACAGUUCUCUGAUUUUAGGAGACCUUCAAGAGUUACAAAUGCUUAUACGGAGGAAAAUAAUGGCCAUGGAUCUCAAAUGUUGAACGGUUGUCUCCCAGUUCAGUAUGAGGAUUUCUUUGUCAUUUGUUUCGGAAGAAUUGAUUUGCGAUUGGCAUAUCAUAAAAACUGUCAGAUCUGGCCUGUAGGAUAUAGAUCAGUUUGGCAUGACAGAAUUACAGGUUCUAUUUUUGAGUGUGAGGUCUCAGAUGGGGGUGAUGCUGGACCUGUAUUUAAGGUACGAAGGCAUCCAUGUUCGGCAUUGCCAAUUCCAAUUGGACAAACUGUUCUUUUGUAUAAUAAUGCUAACAAAUGUGAUGCAUCAGAAAGAACAGAAACUAACUGUGUGAUCUUAGAAUCUGAUUUGGAGAAAGACGAUGACAUUAUAAUGCUCCUAUCGGAUCCAAGUUACUCGGAUCUGGAACAGGUAUCAUGCUUCAGUAGCAACUUGUGUGGAAACUCUCAUGGUACCUCCACACAGAUGGAAGUGGAUGAACCAGAUGGUUUGACUAGCCACUCAGAAAAGUUUGAUGAUUCUUCAGUAAGGACUUCCACUUUGAGGGAUGAAAUUGGGGAUUUCUAUGUGGAAGGACGAUCAUCAUUCUCAGUGUGGAAGAUGGUCUCCCAAACUCUUGUUGACUCAUGCCGUGAAGUGUAUAAGCAGUCAGGUUCGUUGCAGUUCACCUGCAGGCAUAGAAAUCAAAUUUCAUCGUCCUUAGCAGAUAAUGGAAGACCAAGAUUGGUAGAUCAUCUUGGUACCUUAGCUAGGUUUUGCAGUUCUGCUGGUCCCACUAAUAUGCCACAAGUGAUUCAGAAUCAUACAGAGUUUGAUUUGUCAUGCCAAUUAGUUGCAGAAUGGUUAAAUCAGGACAGAUUUGGAUUGGAUAUGGGUUUUGUAAAGGAAGUCAUUGAAACGUUUCCUGAAUCACAUGCGUGUUCAGGAUACCAGUUUCUGGCUAAUAGAGCAGACUUUUCAAAGUCGAUGACUGUUGCUAGUGGAGUGAUCUUAGCAGUACAAAGGAACGGUGAUGGAGGUGAAGAUAAAGUUCCCUCAUAUGGUUUAUACAGAAGACAGAUAAUGUUAAAACAACAAGAUUUUGCUGCAGACCACCAAUUAAGUGACCGUCAACCUCCACCAGGGAAACCUUGUAGCAGAAGGCUUCCUGCAGAGCUGGUUGGAGAUGUUUAUCAGAUAUGGGAAUUUCUUUGGCGUUUUUAUGGGACUCUGGGUCUAAAUGAACCUCCAACGCUUGAGGAACUUGAAGAAGAACUUAUUGAUCCUUGGCCCAUUGACUCAAAGUAUAUGGAGAAGCUGGAAAAGGAAAUAGAGGAUUUUAGAGAACCAGAUGGUCGGAUCUCACUGUCGACAUGUGAGUCUGGUUCAACAGCAUCUGAAGUGAGUCCAUUUAUGUUUAUUCCAAACGAAACGGCAUCAGCAAGGGAAGCUGCUCAAGCUAAAUUGGCAUCACGUACUUAUGGCAGAUGUACUGGUGUAACAUUGACUAAGAUUCAUAUUUCACUGCUGAAAAUUUUGAUUGGGGAGAUCCUUGGUAAGGUUACAGUUUAUUUAGAUCCAAAUUCUGAUGCUAGAGAAUCAAGAUCUAGACGUGGUAGAAAGAAGGAUGUUGAGAACACUGUUGCUGUAAAAGAAGCUAAGACUGAAAUACUACCUGCUAAUGAACUAACAUGGCCGGAUUUGGCUCGGAGAUAUAUUUUAGCUGUUUUAUCUAUGAACUUUGUUAUGGAUUCACCAGAUGUCUUCACUCGUGAAGGUUUGAAGUUGGUCCGCUGCUUACAGGGUGAUGGUGGUGUCCUUUGUGGUUCCCUUUCUGGUGUUGCUGGUAUGGAAGCUGAUGCAAUGCUGCUUGCAGAUGCCGAAAGACAGAUAUCUGAUUCUAGAUUACAAGAAAAUAAAGUUUUGCCUGUUGACCAGAAGGACUCUGAUGCAGUCAGUACCUCUGAGCCUGCUGUAGUGAAUGGGAACAAUCUUCCUGAGUGGGCAUUACCACUAGAACCAGUGAAGAAGUUGCCAACUAAUGUUGGUACGAGAAUAAGAAAGUGCAUUUAUGAUGCAUUGGAUCGAAAUCCUCCAGAAUGGGCAAAGAAAAUUUUGGAGCAUUCUAUAAGUAAAGAGGUCUAUAAGGGAAAUGCCUCAGGACCAACCAAGAAAGCUGUUCUAUCUGUGUUAGCAGAGGCAUCUGGUGGAAAACACCAGCAAAAAUCUGAGAAGAGAAGUAAAGAGAAAAGCCCUAUAUCUUUGUCUGAUGCUGUUAUGAAAAGAUGUCGUAUAGUACUACGUCGUGCUGUUUCUGCUGAUGAAGGGAAAGUUUUCUGCAAUUUGCUUGGUUCUCCCAUUGCGAAUGUUAAUGAUAAUGAAGAUGAAGGUGUUCUUGGAUUUCCUGCUAUGGUUUCUCGUCCUUUAGAUUUCCGCACAAUUGACUUAAGGUUGGCUGUUGGGGCUUAUGGUGGAUCACAUGAAGCUUUUCUUGAGGAUGUCCGGGAGGUAUGGCAUAACAUAUCCACCGCAUAUGGCGAUCGGCCUGAUCUUAUGCAGUUGGUUGAGACAUUGUCGCAAAAAUUUGAAUCAUUGUAUGAGAAAGAGGUGCUUAUUCUAGUGGAAAAAAUUGCUGAUCAUGUGGGUAAUGAGCCUUUAGACACUGAAAAGCGGAAAGAAUUGUAUAAUAUUAUUCUUGCAGCAAAUGAAAUACCGAAAGCUCCUUGGGAAGAGGGAGUUUGUAAAGUUUGUGGCAUUGACAAGGAUGAUGACAGUGUUUUGCUAUGUGAUUCUUGCGACUCUGAAUACCACACAUAUUGUUUAAAUCCCCCUCUUGCUCGGAUUCCAGAAGGCAACUGGUAUUGUCCAUCAUGUAUCAGGAUUCAAUCCAAGAAGCAGGAUCUAGAUCAACACACAGAAGUUACCAAACGCCAUAUGAGGAGACAUCUGGGAGAGGAAGGUCGUGCUUUUCAAGAGGCUCUGUAUCAGCUAGCAUGCACAAUGGAAGAAAGAGAAUAUUGGGAGUACAGCGUUGAAGAGAGAAUAUUUUUGCUGAAGUUUCUGUGUGAUGAGGUGCUGAACACUGCACUUGUUAGAGAACACCUCGAUCAGUGCACUGAAAAGUCAAAUGAUCUGCAACAAAAAAUACGGACUCUAGUUAUGGAGUGGAGAAAUUUGAAAUUUAAAGAAGAACUAUUGGCCUUGAGUAUUGCAAAAGAAAGUACGAGUAAAUUUAAUGAACCUGGUGAUGUUGCAAGUGAAGAAGGAGAAGCUAAUAUGUACUCUGGCCAUGGUAGGUUAGUUGAAUAUCAGCAAAAUGUUAAUAACUCUUCUGUGACUGAUUCAGGAAAUCGACUGAAAGGUGCAUCUUUCAUUAUUGAGGGCUGCCCUGGAGAAGAUGGGCGAAUUGAUUUCAGCAAGAGUGUGGGCCAGUUAUUUAAGAGUAGUGUGAUAGACACCCAUGCUGAUGGUAGGAAAUCUCAAGUUCAGUCUGGUGAGAGAGAUGUUUUGGAAGAGCGUUCAGUGCCUGGUAAUCUGAACCCCAAUACAACCGUUGGUAAGGAAGAUCAAAUUAAUGAACAAGAUGAACGAUUAUUACUAGUUUCUGCCCAACAAGAUAAUAAGGAAUCAACGGAAGAAUCCAUCCAUGGUUUUCAGCAUGAAACUGAAAAAAGGGAGUUGCCGGUUAAGGAAAGCAGCUUGCUUGGUAGACCUGAUUUGAUGCAAGCUAUAAAUAUGAAAAGGAAUGCUGGAGUGCUGGCCAAUGCUGAUAAUCUUCAUGGUUCUUCUCUGGGUUCUGACAGUGGGAGGUUACAAUCAAGGGAGAAUUAUAUUACAAUGAUUACGGGGUUAGUCAAAACAUCUGGAGAAUUGCUCGCCUCUAAAGGUGUUCUCCAGGAAAAUGCUGAUGAUGUUCUUGUAACUUCUAGUGAGCAUGGGUCCAGUGAUCUUGGAAUGGGUGGUUUGAAGAAUGAAAUUUCACACAUUGAGGAGUCAAUAUUCAGUUUUGAAUCUCAGCUUAUGAUGUCAUCUUUGAGAAGGGACUUCCUUGGAAGGGACUCGUUUGGUCGAUUAUACUGGGUUAUAGGUAGACCUGGUAGGCAUCCUUGGUUGGUUGCUGAUGGAAGUAUAACAGUGCCACAGGAAAGAAACAAAGUUGAAGAUUUUAAGGACCCCAAGGCUGAUGUUCUUAUGGAUAUGGUCUCCUCUUGUUCAGUACUCAUGAGGACUGGACCAGGAGGAUCAGAUGCAUGUAGUACAUCUACUUGUGAUAUGCAUGAUCGGAACUUUUGUUCAUUUUCUUUGUAUGAAUCUGACAAUGAAAUUCAGGAAAUUACUAGUUGGUUGAGUGAUGCCGACCCUAAGGAAAGAGAGCUGAAGGAAUGCAUUUUGCAGUGGCAAAGACUUGUACAUCAAGUGACCAAUCAUAUUUCUAAUAGUUCUCAACUAACUUCUAAGGCUUCCACUAGCAAGAAUUGCACAGUCGCUCAAAGUUUAACUACAAAGGCCAUGAUGAUCCUUGAAGCCAAAUAUGGUCCUUUCUUGGAUCCAGAAGUGAGUGAAAUUCCAAAGCGAAAAGGGAGGAAAGCAAAACAAAAUCAUGAGGAGAGAAUGUACAGAUGUGAAUGCUUAGAAGCCAUAUGGCCUUCUAGACACCACUGUUUGUCCUGUCACCAAUCAUUUUUGACUGCAGUGGAACUCGAAGGACAUAAUGAUGGAAGGUGUACCCCUAAUAAUCCUGUAUCUGAUGAAAGUAAAGAAAAUGAUGAUAUAAUAAGAGUCAAGGGAACAAGAUCUGAGAGCACUAGGGGAAAAGAAAAUCCUGAUGACGUUGAUUUUGUUGAUACGUCAAAGAACAAAAUUGUAGAUGCCAGCUCCAAUCUUGUUAGAAUUUCAAGGAAAGCAUGUCCUUAUGAUUUUGAUGAGAUCAGCAAAAGGUUCAUCACAAGAAACUCUAACAAGGAGUUAGUGCAAGAAAUAGGUCUUAUCGGGCUAAAUGGACUUCCGUCCUUUGUCCCCUCUCCGGUUUUCUUUCUGAAUUCUGCAUUAGUGCUGAACCCAAGCCUGAAGUCCGAUACUAAUAUGAAUAGUGAGUUGGCCUUUGCUUCAGAAGGAUGGUUGCUAUCAUCCAUGCAAAGGGGAGGAAAAGGCAUAAGUGCAACUCAGGAUGAAACUGGAAAAGGAACCAGACAAGCCAACAUUUCUGCUCAUAAUUUUCAUGGUAAUGUUAAUGAUGAACAAUCUCAGAGAACAAAAAAAUCGAAUACAGGUUCUGGUGAUGGUGAAGAAGCAUCCUCUAUAACUAAUAAAAUUCAACGAUCUGGCCGCAGCUGCACAGUUCCUGAGUCAUCAUUGAGGCCAUUAGUUGGGAAGAUCUCUGAGAUUCUAAAGCGUCUCAAGGUUAAUUUACUUGAUAUGGAGGCUGCCCUGCCAAUGGAAGCACUGAGACCAUCAAGGUCACAGAUGCCGAAAAGAUGUGCAUGGCGUGAGUUUGUGAAGUCUUCAGAGUCCAUAUUCGAGAUGGUUCAAGCAACAACCCUGUUUGAAGGCAUGAUCAAGACAGAGUACCUGAAAAAUGGGUGGUGGUACUGGUCUUCUCAGACUGCUGCAGCAAAGACAUCUACGGUUGCAUCUCUUGCUCUCCGCAUUUACACUCUUGAUGAUUCUAUCAUCUAUGUGAAGGACCAAGUACCUGGUUCAGAUCCCACAGAGAAUCUGAAGCAGACAACCAAGACAGGAAAGAAAAGGAAAGAUAUUGAACUAUGAUCAUAGUGUUAUUCUUGGAAAUGUUAGUGCAGAACUUGAAAGUUAUGGAUGUGGCAGCUUGAUAAUUUGUAAUGGUUUUUAUCAAGCGUCAUGACCCUCGUAAGAUAUAAACUGAAAAAAGAAUACGGUGUUACUGCUACCGGGGUAUACGUGAACAUAUAUUUGAAAGUACAGCUGACAUCACUUAUAUGAUUUUUGCCUGGUUCAGAACUAGAGAUCUAUUUUGAUGUCUAUAUCUCAGAUGGACCAGGAGAAGGGUAAGCUGUCUGAGAUGGUGCAGUAGCUUCAUAAUUUGGUAACUUGAGAGGCAAACGUUUUGCCAAGGAGAUUGACUGUCAGUGAUUCGUACAUCAUACAAAUGCUGCCAAUAUAGAGCUGUAGUUUGAUCUGAUUUAAGUCAAAUAUGAAAUUGACCAAUUGUUUCUUUACAUCUCUCAGUCAUAUCCUUUUCCCCCUUGACAACAUUCAUGAUGUUAGGGCAUAUUGUAUUAGAAGAGGGUAGAUAGUUUAAUCUUUAUUUGGUGUACCUUGCAUCAUAGGAUAUAAAUAAACAGGUAGUGCUACUUUUCUUUGUGUUUCCUCAGAUAGCUGUAUCCUUGUUACCAUUAUCUGGUAAUUGCCUUUUUCGUCUUACAUGGAAAUGCAGAUAUUGUUUUGUAAUUUAACAAAGAUGGCUUGGUGUUUUAUACAGAUGCUUCACUUAAGUUGGCUAAUCCGGGAUGGAGAUGGCUAAUUGCAUUUCAAGUACCUUGUCUUGCAUGGAUGAAUAUUUGAUAUCCUUGGUAUAGUUUUCUGAUUAUGCAGAUAAUUGGUAUAAAAAUGGUUGGCUACAAAGAAUCCAAAUUGACGAUGGUGCGGCAAUUCCUUCCAACCCUCUGGCAUGUCAUCACUUUAAUCAUAAGGUGUCAAAUCACUGCUGCCUGAAUAUGACUUCCAUUGCCAUGACUUGUGACACAAGCAUUCAGGUUUAUGAUGCGCUUUUGUUAAAUAUUGACAAAUGUCUUGUUAUUUAUUAGGUGUUAAUUGAUGUAAUUAAUGACAGAAGUGAUCCCUUUUAGUGUCUUGAGACUUGAUGGUGUUAUCUCCCGUUCUUUCACGUUUUCACAGCAAUAGAUCACAAUUCAUUUGGUGGAUCGUUUCGUCUAUUCUGAAUCCAGGAUUUUGAUACACAAUUGAAUCUGAAUUGCCGCAGCAUUGUGCAGUGUUGGCCCAAAGAAGUGCCUCAGCUUAUGAAUUUACCCAAAGAAUACCAUUGUUCAUGGUUCUAAAGAUUCAUGUUCAUGUUACACGUGUUCUUGUUGAUUCAGAUACUGCAGUCUGACUUUUGUCACGAGUUCAUCAAAGGUGAGACAAAAAUCUAAUCGUCUUCCCAGUGUCCAAUUCCUGUUGGUUUGCAUUUCUGUGCUGCCUUUUCCAGACACACAAAUACUUGAUCAUAGUUAUUAAUUGUCAUGCAUUCGUUACAUACUUAUCCAUUGCAGCCGCACUUGUCUGCAUAUUCACUACUUCUCUGUAUGAUUCUUUGUUCAGUUUGACUGUUUCUUUACUCAUCAUUAGAACAAGACAGGUAUCUAAAAGAAGGAUUUUUUUUUUUUGCUCAUCUACUGUUCAUUAGAACAAGAAAGUUUGACCAAACAAAUAGGUUUACUUCUUGAACGAGGCAUCUACUGUUCAUUGUGGUCGUAAAUCAAGACCGAGGCCAACAAGCUUGGGACUAUAGGAAGAAGACGAUAACUUCUCCGAUUCUUGGAGGAGUGGGGUUGGCGGUCGGAAGAGAUGGAUCUGUGAGAGCGGCGGCGCCUUCGGUUCUUGGUGCGUUCAUCCUCGUCGACCCACGUGGAUGAAGAGGAUGCCGCCUUUUGGCCUGCACGCGAUACACGUAUUUGUUCGAUCGAAAGCCCUCGUCGCCCCCUCCUACUCCCGUCCCUGUCACCAGUAGCUUGUGCUGCCACGCCCGGCGCCUUGUGGGCGCAAAAGGAGGCGGCCUCAGAUGUCGCCAGUUGUCACGACUGCUCCCCUUCCCUGCUCUCUUUAUUUUCUCCCCCUCCCUGUCCCCCAUUUGCCAUCUAGGGUUUACUGGAGCUUUUUCACCCCCUCUCCUCUCCCUCUCCACCAUUCCUUGAUUCCCUCUUCCCUUCUAAUUCCUUCCUUCAUCUCACAUCAAGAUGACCGUCGUGUCGCCGCUCCUUUCUGCAAGAAACACGCUUUAAGUCAACCCUCGUUUUUCUCCCGAGGCUGGAAUGCAGUUAAGUCACUCCGCUCUCUCGUCUGUAAAAGGAAGAAGGGUAAAUGAAAAAGGUGAUGUCUGGACGCAGCGGUUUAUCGAUCUUUUCCUCGCCUUGUUGGAUUUGGUUCUGAUUUGGUCGGGAUUCGGAGGGUGCAAAGCUGGAAUCGGUCGAUAAACCUCUGCAUCCGGCCUUUCAAAUCCCUGUUGCCUUUCACACUCUUAAGCUUCUACAUAUAAGACCACAACAUUUAAGUAGAGCGGUCGUGACUUGAGAGAUUGGUGUGAGAUAAACUUCAGACAUUUUAUUAAGAAUAAGACACUCUCAAAGAUGUUUCUGUGUGAACCACUGCUUAUGGACAUUCGUAAACGCAUGCCUCUUCUGUGUGCCAGUUAAUAGUCUUUCAUGUUAGAUGAUGCAGUCUGUUUUCAGAUAUUGCUAUUUUGAUAUUUCUUUUGGCUGUCUGAAGGUUUUUUAUACUCUUGAAAGGUCAAGUUUAGUUUUGUUCAUAUUGUUUUUGUAAUGUGCGUUUUAGAUGAUACUUUCUUUGAUUUUCUCUAGUUAUUUUUUUACCCAUUUAUGAUUAUGUUAUUUCUGUAUUCCAAGAUUACUUUUUUUUUUUUCUGCAUUCCCUUUUGCGCAUUGGGAGCUGCCUCACUUUGUCAGAACAAAAAAAUGAGGGGUUGGUAGUAUGCUGGAAGAAAAGACUUUGAACGAGGAACGAAAAUAGAGUUGAUUAAAUAGAUGAGACUGAAAGGAUGGGUUUUUUUUUAUGAUAGUGAUUGGAAUAUGCCUCUUCUGUUGGUGGUUUUAGGCUUGGACUGCAUAAUAUCUUGUUCCCUUGAUGCUUGAUCUGUGAACUUGAGCUAACAGAGGGUUCUCUGUUUUUGCGCUAACAUAGAGCACUUAGUGUAAAAGAGCACUGUUGUAUAUACAGAAAUUUAAUAUGAAAAUGAUGAAAUACAAAUUGGACAAUUCUUUAACCUAUACAUGCCUGUAUAUGUACCUGAAACCGAUCGAUGUGUUGGUUCCCAUCCACAAAUAUGAUAAUGGUUAGUUAAGAUAGUUAAGUGUAAAAGUUGCUUCUUAGUUUGUUCUUCCUUUCAGUACUUUAAAAGUUUUUUCUGAAAAUUUAUUAAAGAAUAUGUCAAAUGCAAAUUUUCUAUAAGCGCAUACAACAUAGUCUGCUGUUUGUCUUCAUGCAGAUGAAGAUCGUGAGUGUAAAGGUUAUCUAUUGUAACUGUUAUUUUGUUUUUGGCUUCAUUUUUGCACUCUCUACUAUUCGUUUGCUAAGCAUUUGCUUCAGCUAAUUUUGAGCUGCAACCCCAUGUCUCUUGUCUGCUCGUGCUGUUGAGAUUUCCUUUCAUUUGCUUCACCUAAUUUUGAGCUGCAACCCCAUGUGUCUUGUCUGCUUGUGCUGUUGAGAUUUCCUUUCAAUGCUUUCACCAUACUCCUUUGUCUCUAUACGGAGGAUGCUAGAGCAGAUGCUUAUACCAUUAAGAUUUGUUCCGAAAUUCUUCACUUGAUCUUUGUAAAAUAGUUCUUUUGUUGGGAAUAAGAUUGUUAGUGUACAAAAAAUAUACUCUCUGAACUCGGUUUUAUGUCCCACUGACCUGUUAGUAAGAAUGCCAUUGCUUAUCACUUCUUCAUUUAUGUUCUAUAUUCUGGAAUCUCGUGAUUUCAAUUUUCAGCUUUGCCAUAAUUUUUAGCUGGGUUUCUGCAGAUGCAUAAUGACAUAUCUUAUACUUGUAUCCUAGGCGUCAUAAAUUGGAAGCUGCUCCUUUUUGCAAGUUGUUUUGCUUUGGUUGCUUUGGCUUGUGGAUGAGUGCAGCUUGCAUGGUGUUAUUAGAACUUCAUGUCUAAAUGAUUUCAUAUUAGAGUACCUUUUCUGUGUUGUUCUUCUAUUUUUCGUUUUUAGCUAUCUUUAUUUGUUGUUUUCUUGUCCAAGCUAGCGCAAAGUAUAUAUCACCAAACUCCUGGAAUUAUUGGGAUGACAUGCUACAUUCGUGCUCAUGCUUUUUAUUUGGGGAGGUUCAAUGUGUGAAACGGUUACCUUGAGACGCGGCCCUAAAGCUUGCUGCCUUACUGUGUUGAGCAAAAAUGUGCUUCUCGAAUCGGAAAUUAAGUUGGCAAAAGCCCGAAUACCAAAAGUUGUGGUUUUGCAUCUUAGAACUAGCUCAUCCCUCCUCCAGUAUGGAAUGCAAUGCAGGAGUACAUUGCAGAUCGAAGAGAGAGAUGAUCCCAUGCAGGAAGAGACACUAAGACAGGACAGAGUAGAUUGUAGGUCAAGAAAUGCAUCAGAAAAAAAAAAUAGAAAUGGAGGAUUUAGGAAUCAGCAUGUUUUGAGAUGUAUGAUUCCUGAGAGCUUACCCUCGAGCAUUUACCCAGCGGGAUAGCUGGUAAAGCUGAACCACUUCAUUGGAAGCAUGGCAUGCAAGCAGCAGAUAGUUGCGUGGCUGCACCAUCCAUGCAAACCUCAUGAGAGCUCCCGAGUACAGACACAUGGCUGCACAUCCAAAUCAUCCGUCAGCUUCAUCUGAGGUAUAUGACAGUAGUAGCAUCACUAGGAUGAUACUAACAUAUUCACACUAACCUGUGGUCAUGUUCCCAGAAAUGGUUUCAGCAGGUUUUUUCAUGUCAGCCAUUGCCUGAAGAGCAGCAGCAGCAGUUGUCAAACAGAUCAACAGUGGAGGAGAAUCAUAUCCAGUAUGUUGGAAUGAUCACUCAUUAGAAUUAAUUCAUCAGGCUAAUAAUGUCUGCAUAAUUUAAGCAAUAUAUAUUCUUUUACAGCAGAAUCUUGAUUAUUGAUUGAACUGCCAAUUUCUUGAGAGAUUACCAUGUGGUUGUUGUCAUCUGGGGAAACCUUUAGGACAACAACAGUCAGAACUGUUCCUUUCUCUUUGAGCAAAUUGCAGUUUCACAUCUGAUCUCUUGGAAGAUGAGAACAAGAAAGAAAUAGCUAAAGGUGAUGGGAGUAUACUUACAGCAACGACAAAACCCCCAUUGGCGACUGGCCCCCAGAAAUGAGUUGUUUUGGGGCCAACAGGGCCGUUCCAGAAAGCUCGUAAGACCGCCAUUGCCAUGGCCCGGAGCAAGAUCACUCCUUUCCACCUGAUUUCGAUUCACAUGAGAUGAAAGAUGGAUCAUCAGCAAGGCUUCAUUCAAAACCUUCGAACAGGUAGAGAGGACAGCGAGGCUCAUACCUCACGGGAGAGAGAUCUGUACAAGGGACUCGGUUGCAGCUCCGAGAGUCGAACCCAAUUAAUUGCUUGCCCCCGCAAGCAAGAAAUGCUGCAACCUAAGCUGACCGAUUGUCAUGCAUGUCCGUCGAGAGAGACGGAGAUGGGAUACUCUUUCUUGCGGGUCGACGCCUUCUCCGGCUGCGGGGACGGCUGGAUCAACGAGAACGGGGCUUGACCUUCGUCUUACCUCGUGAAAGCGGCGGUUGCCGACGAUGACGGCGGGCUCGCCCUCAAGAAGCCCGUCAACCCCACCGCAUCUCAGGAGAUGAGACCUAGGUCGAUAAAACAAGUGAUCAUUCAAUCUGAGGUACAAUUGGAGUUGGUCAGGCAGGAGAUCCGGAUUUGCUUCCUCGCUGGAUCAUGUCAUCUUCCAUUUAAGGUUACAAAAGAGAGAUUAAGGAGUCAUGGAGCAUGCUUAUCAUUCCCCGAUCACCUGGAUGGGACCUUACUUGAUGUUGCCCAAGUUAUGCAAUUAAAGCAGGAACUUUUCUCUUGGUCUCUUGAAGUUCCAGCAGAAUGUUCAUGUUUCUCCUGGAUAUCUUUACCAUGGUUUGAUACACAACAAAAUGAUGAUGACUCUCAGUUUUUCUCUGGUGGAGAUAAUACAAACUUAGGCCUGCUUCCUUCUUCCCACUAGCAUGCGAAAUGCUCUGCAAUUUUUUGAGGACAAGUUUGCAUCUUUUGGAAAAGAAAAAGACAGAUCACACUGCAAUUACAAAUCAUACGAGGUUCCUUAAUUCUCAAAGAGGUAAAAUCUAAUCAUUUGUACUCACUCAUGCUGUCUGUCUUCAUGAUCAACUAUAAGGAUAAGCCCAACUUUUCAGCAGAAGCUACUUGUUGUAGGAUCUGGAUCUGUUUUGUUACGAAUCAGUUCAAAUAUUGCUGUUUUGUUCUCAUUCACCAAAUAGAUGUUGGAAAAAUCAACUCAUUGUCAGAUCAUUCGAGAUGUUUAAGUUAAUAAUAAUAUACUUGUCUA